AUGUGAGAGUUCACACACAUCACACACUAGUAUUGUCACCACUGCAUAACCUUCUGUUGCGCUUUUCUUCCUUCCUUCGUUUCCAAUCCACAAAACUGAACUUGAACGAUGAAAACUGAACUUAAUUCUCGUCUUCUUCUAAAACCCUAAACCCCAAUUCUUCAUCAUCAAAACUAAAACAACAACCCUCACAAGUGUUACAAUGGCCGUGCUUGCCCUUACUAACCCAAGUUCUAUUCGCCACAAUGCAUUCUCUUAUUCUUCUUCUUCCUCUUUCGCUCUCAGAACAAGAACGUGCGUCACCGCACCCCCGCGACGCCGUUUCGCGUCCGUGAGGUGCUGCUCCUUCUCGACACUCGAGAGCGCGAAGAUUAAGGUUGUCGGCGUCGGGGGCGGCGGGAACAAUGCCGUUAACCGCAUGAUUGGUUGCGGAUUGCACGGUGUAGAAUUUUAUGCUAUAAAUACCGAUGCUCAGGCACUGUUGCAUUCUGCGGCCGAGAACCCUAUCAAAAUUGGAGAGCUUCUGACUAGGGGAUUAGGUACUGGGGGAAAUCCACUUUUGGGGGAACAAGCUGCUGAGGAAUCUAAAGAUGCUAUUGCUAGUGCUCUUCAAGGAUCUGAUUUAGUGUUCGUAACUGCUGGCAUGGGUGGGGGAACUGGGUCUGGUGCUGCACCAGUAGUGGCCCGAAUAGCAAAAGAGGCAGGUUACUUGACUGUAGGUGUAGUUACUUAUCCCUUCAGUUUUGAAGGACGCAAAAGAUCAUUGCAGGCACUGGAAGCCAUUGAAAAGCUGCAGAAAAAUGUGGAUACUCUUAUAGUGAUUCCAAAUGACCGCCUCCUUGACAUGGCUGAUGAGCAGACCCCUCUUCAGGAUGCUUUCCGUCUGGCAGAUGAUGUUCUGAGGCAAGGAGUGCAGGGAAUAUCAGACAUCAUAACAAUACCUGGGCUUGUAAAUGUGGAUUUUGCUGAUGUAAAAGCUGUGAUGAAAGACUCUGGAACUGCAAUGCUUGGUGUGGGUGUUUCCUCCAGUAAAAACCGUGCCGAAGAAGCUGCAGAGCAGGCUACUUUGGCUCCCUUAAUCGGCUCUUCUAUUCAGUCAGCUACUGGAGUGGUGUAUAAUAUUACUGGAGGAAAAGACAUAACUCUGCAGGAAGUAAACAGAGUGUCUCAGGUGGUGACAAGUUUAGCUGACCCUUCUGCCAAUAUCAUAUUCGGUGCCGUUGUUGAUGAUCGCUACAAUGGGGAGAUUCAUGUGACUAUCAUUGCAACUGGCUUCUCGCAGUCCUUCCAAAAGACACUACUAACAGAUCCAAGGGCAGCAAAGUUGCUUGACAGAGUGCCUGAGGGCCAAGAAAGCAAGGCAGCUUCCUCUCCUCUCAAAUCCUCAAACUAUCCAACAGUUGGAUCUAGAGCAUCCCCACGAAAGCUCUUCUUUUAGUUACAUAGUUCUUUCACACUUUUUUUUUUGGUUGUAGUUAAUAUCUUUGCUUAUCUUGAAGAUUAAUUGAGAUGUCAUUCUGGUGAUGGUGUCUUUCAAAUAUGGAGCUUGCUUUUACGAACUUCUUUUCUUCAAAAUGUUGGCUAUUUUCAUGAUUCGUUAGUCAGACUCUUGGUAACAAACAGCUUGUUUGUAGCUCACUCAAACAGCAUUUUUGUCAAA